AUUGGUUCCCAGCCUAACGGAACCUGGCGCAGAGCGACGCCGGGUCACGUGGCCGGCGGCCCCCAUGACGAGCAGGCUACUUGGCUUCACCGUGACGUUCGGACGACGGGCAGAGUGGCCAGGCUACCUCCGCCACCUGUGCGGUCGUGGUGCUGUCAUGGACCUGGGACCGAUGCGCAAGAGUUAUCGCGGGGACCGAGAGGCAUUUGAGGAGGCUCACCUGACUUCCCUGGACCCCAUGAAGCAGUUUGCUGCCUGGUUUGAGGAGGCUGUUCAGUGUCCUGACAUAGGAGAAGCCAAUGCCAUGUGUCUGGCCACCUGCACCAGGGAUGGAAAACCCUCUGCCCGCAUGUUGCUGCUGAAGGGCUUUGGCAAGGAUGGCUUCCGCUUCUUCACUAACUUUGAGAGUCGAAAAGGAAAAGAGCUGGAUGCCAACCCCUUUGCUUCCCUUGUUUUCUACUGGGAACCUCUUAACCGACAGGUGCGAGUGGAGGGGUCCGUGAGGAAGCUGCCCGAGGAGGAGGCUGAGUGCUACUUCCACUCCCGCCCCAAGAGCAGCCAGAUCGGGGCUGUGGUCAGUCACCAGAGUUCUGUGAUCCCCGAUCGGGAGUAUCUGAGAAAGAAGAAUGAGGAACUAGAGCGGCUGUACCAGGAACAAGAGGUCCCUAAGCCAAAAUACUGGGGUGGCUACGUCCUAUGCCCGCAGGUGAUUGAGUUCUGGCAAGGCCAAACCAACCGCCUGCAUGACCGGAUUGUUUUCCGGCGGCCACUGGCAGGAGAUUCCCCUUUGGGAUCCAUGACCCACCUCGGGGAGGAAGACUGGCUGUAUGAGAGACUCGCACCCUGA